UUUUUAAUUUUUUUUUGGUCCGAACUUGAGAUUAUAUAUGAGUACAACUGUGUCCAUGAUAACAGAUAAAACACACAAUUCAACAACUCUCAUCCACAUAAGGAAAUGACAAUAUAUGGAUUAGCGAUUGCAUUGUCGUAUCAUUUCUUCUUCAAGAAAAGAAAAUGGCAAUGACAUUGAGCUCAGCCAUGCUCGUCGUAUCCCAAUCCCAAUUCCACCACCACUUCCUUCCCUCGUCUCCCUCCUUCGAGCUCACUGAGUCUACCCCAAUUCGAACCUCUAAUUUCCUCCUGUCUUUCCCAAGUUCCAACCCAGUGCUGAAAUGGAGGAUCCCACGCCCACUACGGUCCUCAUAUCUCAAGCUUUAUUCGUCGUCCGGAAAACAGACAGUGGAAGUUGCCUCACCGAUCGUGGAACCAGCGGACGAAGUUGUCAGGAAAUUCUACGGCGGAAUCAACGGCCGUGAUCUACCCUCCGUGGCCGACCUCAUUUCUGAUAACUGCGUUUACGAGGACCUCAUCUUUUCCCGCCCCUUCGUUGGUCGAAAGGAUAUCCUUGAUUUCUUUGAAAGUUUCACCAAUUUGAUUGACAAGGACCUCCAGUUCGUUAUCGAUAAAAUAACUACUCAGGAUUCUUCAGCUGUUGGUGUCACAUGGCAUUUAGAGUGGAAGGGAAAGCCUUUUCCAUUUAGUAGAGGCUGCAGCUUUUACCAACUGGAGGUCAUCAAUGGCAAGAGACUGAUAACGUAUGGAAGAGACAGUGUUGAACCUGCAAUCAAGCCUGGGAAAGCUGCUUUAGUGAUUAUCAGAGGAGUGACUUGGUUACUGCAACAAUUUCCCCAGUUAGCAGACCGUUUAUGAAUAAGUUUUCUAUAUUAAACUUGGCUGGUGUAUAUAAAUUAUAAUUAUACUUAUCUUUGUAUUCUCAAACACUGAUUAACUAACUUGAAGCUUGACUCAUA